ACCCUAAUUUACACUAUUGUCCUUUUCAGUUCCACUUUGUAUUAAACUAAAGGGGUAUCAUUGUCACAAAACCCCACAAAAAUUUCUUCCUCACUGAAGCAAAUGAAUUUGGAUUUUGGAUUUAUUUCUUAAUAUAGACUCUUCAAUAGCAAAAACAGGUUUUGUAAGCCAUCAAAGCUUCGAUUAUAACGAGGUUGUCAUUGCUUCAAACAUUUCAAGACUUUGGUUUCUUGCAUUUUGCCCAAAGUAAGUAAUGGCAAAUUCAUUACUCAUUUCUGGACCUGAGAGUUUCAGUAUAUAUAGAAAACUUUCCCCAAAUGGAUCAGAUUUCAAUGGCAACCAAUUUCCCAAGUUGGGUUUAUCAAGAACCAGUUAUAAACUCAAAACCCUAGCUCCACUAAUGUGCAGUAUUUCAACAACAUCUAGGCCAGCUUCAAAACCAAGAUUCAUACAACACAAACAAGAAGCUUUUUGGUUUUACAGGUUUUUAUCAAUUGUGUAUGAUCAUGUGAUUAAUCCUGGACAUUGGACUGAAGAUAUGAGAGAUGAUGCACUUGAAGUAGCUGAUCUUAAUGACAGGAAUUUGGCUGUUGUUGAUGUUGGUGGUGGUACUGGUUUUACUACAUUGGGUAUAGUUGAACAUGUGGAUGCUAAGAAUGUUACAAUUCUUGAUCAAUCUCCUCAUCAGCUUGCUAAGGCUAAGGAAAAAGAGCCUUUGAAGGAAUGUAAGAUAAUUGAAGGUGAUGCUGAGGAUCUUCCGUUCGAAACUGAUUAUGCUGAUCGAUAUGUGUCUGCUGGAAGUAUUGAAUACUGGCCGGACCCACAACGUGGAAUCAGAGAGGCGUACAGGGUUCUGAAACCUGGAGGAAAGGCGUGUUUAAUUGGUCCGGUGCACCCUACCUUUUGGUUGUCUCGUUUCUUUGCUGAUGUGUGGAUGCUCUUCCCUAAGGAGGAAGAAUACUUAGAAUGGUUUGAGAAGGCAGGAUUCAAGGACGUCCAACUGAAGAGGAUUGGACCAAAAUGGUAUCGUGGGGUUCGCAGGCACGGGCUUAUCAUGGGAUGUUCUGUGACCGGUGUAAAGUCUACACCGGGCGAUUCACCACUGCAGCUUGGCCCAAAGGCAGAGGAUGUGACAAAACCUAUAAAUCCAUUGGUCUUUAUGCUGCGGUUCCUUCUGGGGGCAAUGGCAGCAACAUACUAUGUUUUGGUUCCUAUUUACAUGUGGGUUAAAGAUCAGGUUGUUCCUGAAGGUGAACCUCUGUGAGAGAGCGCGAGCAAGUUACUAAUUACUGGCUGACCUGUUUCUCCUGCUGCACCCGGUUCUAGUUAACGCAGUUCUGUGCUUCUGAGAAUAAAUCUGUUUUAAUUGCAAAGUGUACUUUUUUGAUAAAUUAUGUUUGACAUCUUAGCUUGGCUACUGACUGCAGUUGAUAUAAUUUUCGGAAUGUAGAUUGAACUCGCUUUUUAUCGCUUUCCGAAUGACUUAAUUUCAGCUUUAACGUUUGAAUUUGG